AGAGAGAGGAAGGAGAAGGAGAAGAAGGAGGAAAAAAAAAAAGGUUGAUAGGUUUGUGCGCGGGUCCCUCGCGCGGGCUGCGCUCCUCCUGGGUGCUAUUUGACAAUUCCUGCCUCUGCCAUUGGUCAGUGUUGGAUCAGAUGGUUGUAUUUCCUUCUGGCCCUCACUGGCACCUCGCCAUCCCCCCUCAGCUAAAACCCAAUCUCAGAUAUACUACUAAUAGGCGCGGCGCUCGGACUAUAAAACACAACAAAUCAUAAACCCGGCGGAGCAGCAGCGGCCAAGCGCGCCUCCCCUCCCAAUGAGUUCCUAUUUCGUGAACUCCACCUUCCCCGUCACUCUGGCCAGCGGGCAGGAGUCCUUCCUGGGCCAGCUGCCGCUCUACUCGUCGGGCUAUGCGGACCCGCUGAGGCACUACCCCGCGCCCUACGGGCCCGGGCCCGGCCAGGACAAGGGCUUUGCCGCUUCCUCCUAUUACCCGCCUGCUGGCGGCGGCUACGGCCGAGCGGCGCCCUGCGACUACGGGCCGGCGCCGGCCUUCUACCGCGAGAAGGAGUCGGCCUGCGCGCUCUCGGGCGCCGAAGAGCCGCCCCGGUUCCACCCCGAGCCGCGGAAGUCCGACUGUGCGCAGGACAAGAGCGUGUUCGGCGAGGCCGAAGAGCAGAAGUGCUCCACUCCGGUCUACCCGUGGAUGCAGCGGAUGAAUUCGUGCAACAGUUCCUCCUUUGGGCCCAGUGGCCGGCGCGGCCGCCAGACCUACACGCGCUACCAGACGCUGGAGCUGGAGAAGGAGUUUCACUACAAUCGCUACCUGACGCGGCGGCGGCGCAUCGAGAUCGCGCACGCCCUGUGCCUGACCGAGAGGCAGAUCAAGAUCUGGUUCCAGAACCGGCGCAUGAAGUGGAAAAAGGAGAGCAAACUGCUCAGCGCGUCUCAGCUCAGUGCCGAGGAGGAGGAAGAAAAGCCAGCCGAGUGAAGGCGCCGGAAAGGGAGGGGGGACGCGAAGGGAGCGGCCUGUGUGGAGCCGAGGGCGUCGGAGAGCCCGGAGAAGGCUCUGCGGGCUGGGGGCCCCGGGGACCUGAUCUCUAGCACGCGACAGGCGGGGCCCAGCGCUCUCCUGGACGCCCCCACCCGCAGAGCUCUCCCUGGGUGCAGGGAGGCCUUGCCGCCUGAGCCCACCCAGCACCCCGAGCGCCCCCUCCAUCCCUGCUGGACCGCUUCAGCCCCAUCAGGCUCCCCUAUGAGAACUGAGGACCGGAUUCACUUGAUGUUUCCUGGAAGCAGAGCAAAAUGCUCUUGUCCGUGUCGCGUCUCAUUUCGUCCAUGUUCCCCGUGCACGGUUCAAUGGUAGAUUCGCAGUCCCCUCAGCAGGGGCCUCGAAGACUCCCUGACCCCAGACCUCUCUCCCACCCCCUCCCUAAAGCCACUGGAAGGAGCACAUACUACCUAGAAGUAAGAAGAGGAGCCUCAGAAGAAAACAAAGUUCUAUUUUAUUAAUUUUCUAUGUGUUGUGUUUGUAGUCUUGUCUUAGCUCUGGACGUGAAAUACUUCGGUAAUAAUAUUAAUAUUAUUAAUA